AUGCCGAUAACUGUCAUUCUCGGAGCCCAAUGGGGUGACGAAGGUAAGGGCAAAUUGGUUGAUGGACAGUGCCAGGAGGCUCAGCUCUGUGCCCGAGCCGCGGGUGGACAUAACGCUGGACAUCUCGUGCGUGUAAACGGAGUUUCCUACAGCUUUCACCUCUUGCCCUCUGGGUUGAUCAACCCCAGAUGCCCAAGUUUCUUUAGCGAGCUCAAGGAGCUCGAGAAAAACCUGACUGCGGUACAUGAUCGGAUCUUUGUUUCUGAUAGGGUCAACAUUCUCUUGGACCUGCACAUCGCAGUGGACGGUCUCGAGGAGGAGGAACUUGGAGACGCAGCUAUUGGAACAACGAGACGCGGCAUUGGUCCCUGCUAUCAGACAAGUAGAGCGCGAACUGGCAUCAAAAUGAGCGAUGUCUUCAACCCUGAAGUUUUUGAGCAGAAGUUGAGGCGCUUGGCCGACGGCUUUCAAAAGCGCUUCGGAGAACUGCUCAAAUAUGACAUCAAGGCCGAGCUUACUCGUUUCGAUGAGUAUAGGCAAACGCUCAGCAAGUACGUCGUGGACGGCGUGGCUUUUAUGAAAUCCGCACAAGAGAGCAACAUGAAAAUCGUGGUCGAAGGCGCAAACGCACUGAUGCUAGAUGUUGAUUAUGGUUCUUAUCCAUUUGUCACUUCCUCAAGUACUACACUUGCCGGUAUUAUUGGCGGACUUGCACUGAACCCAAAGAAUAUCACGGAGACGGUUGGAGUGGUUAAGGCCUAUACCACCCGUGUUGGGGCUGGAGCCUUCAAGACCGAAGAUACCGAAGAGAUCGGCACCAAGCUCCAGGAGAUUGGACGCGAAUGGGUGAGACCACAAGCGCUCCGGAGGUUUCGAGCUUCUAUAGCUGACGAGAUUUACCUAGGGAACGUCGACUGGCCGCAGACGCCGAUGUGGAUGCUCGACGUUUUGGAUACUUUCGAAACGAUCAAGAUCGCCAUUGCCUACAAGAUUGAUGGAGAGGAACUGGAUUCUUACCCUGCGGAUCUUGACAUCCUGAACCGAGCUGAGGUGGUUUACCACGAGAUGCCAGGCUGGCAAAAGCCGACCACCAACGCGAGGACCUACUACGACCUUCCUAGGGCAGCCCGCGAGUACGUCGAGUACAUCGAGAAGUUUGUUGGAGUCAAGAUCAAGUACAUCGGCACCGGUCCUGACCGAGAGGCCAUGAUCCAGCGUGCCUAA